UUGACUCCGCCGUUUCUACAUAGGUAUCUCCCAUCCUAGAAUCUAACUGGUAUAUGUGAUCGCCAAUACCCGCAGCCAUAAAAUCACGAAACUUUACCCUUCUUGUCCCUGAAUCAUGUCGAUUCUCAAAUCCGUCAUUUCUAGAUCGCAUCGGAGACCUCCGCCGCCGGCGUCCGGCUGGAACAUCCCAAAGUGGACUAGUGAGGGGCAGACAACUGCGCAGGCAUUGGUGGGACAGGAAAAAACAAGCAGCAAAUAUCGCGGUUGACUACAGUUUGUCAAACCGGUCCUGAUGAUAAGAACAGAUAAAGUCUUCAUGAUAUCCCGAUAAAAUAUUUCUGAAACUUGAGAAGAGGCGGAAAGUCACAAGUUUCGCUGUCACAAUGUCGUCAGCUCACAAGCAAAAGAGCGUCUUCGUGGGAAGCUUUGUUCACAGCAAGAGCUUGGAGGUACUUGAAGUCCUACAUGAUCUUGCUGUGUUUGUGGACGAGAAGGGAGUUAUCGUUGCCAUCGAAGAGCAUUGUGACAAGCAGCAAGCUCUCCAAGUGAUUGCCCCGAAGCUUGGCUGGACCAUCGGAGACGUUUCCGUGAGAGUUGCUGCACCUGGUCAAUUCUUCUUCCCCGGCUUCAUUGACACACAUAUCCACGCCCCUCAGUAUCCCAAUGUCGGCAUCUUUGGGAAGACGACGCUGCUAGAUUGGCUCAACACGUAUACUUUCCCCAUGGAAAGUAGCUUGUCGUCCAUUUCGAAAGCGAAGAGAGUCUAUACUCGCUGUAUCCAACGGACGCUUUCUCAUGGGACGACAACCGCUUCUUACUACGCUACUAUUUCCGUGCCAUCCACCAAUCUGCUAAGUGACCUAUGUCUAACUCUUGGUCAAAGAGCGUUCAUCGGUCGUUGCUGCAUGGAUUCGUUGGCUCCAGAUUACUACCGCGAUGAAUCUGCUGCGACGUCUAUUGCUGAUACGAAAGCGACCAUGGACCAUAUCGCCAAGAUCGAUCCUACCAACGCUCUCAUUACGCCCAUCAUCACGCCGCGUUUCGCACCAGCUUGUACGAGGGAACUCAUGCAUGGACUGGGGGCUCUGCAAAAGGAGACGGGGUUCCCGGUCCAGACCCAUAUCUCGGAGAACAAGAACGAGGUCAAGCUUGUUAAAGAGAUGUUCCCUGGGUUUGAGUCGUAUACUCAUGUCUACGAUGGCCAUGGGCUCCUUACUCCAAAGACGAUCCUGGCGCAUGCGGUGCAUCUUACGGAGGCUGAGGUCGAUUUGAUUAAAGCGAGGGAAGGCAAAAUCAGUCAUUGUCCGUGCAGUAACUCGGCUAUCACGUCUGGGACGGCGAAAGUGAGAAUGAUGCUUAAUAAAGGGCUGGAUAUUGGACUCGGUACAGAUGUUAGUGGUGGGUAUAGUCCUAGUAUCUUGGAAGCGGUCAGACAAGCUAGUUUGGUGAGUCGACAUGUAGCGAUGGAGGGGGAUGAUGAUUCGAAAUUGAGUAUUGAGGAGGUGUUGUAUCUUGGUACGAAAGGAGGAGCGAAGGUCGUGGGACUGGAGGAUAAGAUUGGUAGCUUUGGCUUGGGCAUGGAGUGGGAUGCUCAGUUGAUUGGGUUGGGGAAUGUACCGGUUGAUGUGGAUCAGGAUGGUAUCGAGGAGGAGAGUCCGGUUGAUAUCUUUGGGUGGGAGAAUUGGGAGGAGAGGAUUGCAAAGUGGGUGUUCAAUGGGGAUGAUCGGAAUACGCUGGCUGUGUGGGUUAAGGGGCGUUUGGUACAUGAGCGGAAGUGAUUGGUUUGGACUUUGCUUCUAGUAUUUACUAACGGCCUCAUUUUUUGGUAGAUGGCGUAUGAUUAGGGAUCGUAGAUCAGGUAAAUAGACCUUGUAUGAUGAGAAA